AUGCAGCUGAACUCUGUUGCUUUCUGUCCUUCUUCGGCUCUAUUGGCUGCUGACUUGACUUCACAAAUGCUGGCCUUUGGUUAUUUGUAUCCUGCGUACGAAUGCUAUAAAUCUGUGGAACUGAAUAAGCCUGAUAUCGAGCAGCUCCGGUUUUGGUGCCAAUAUUGGAUUUUAGUUGCUGGGUUGACGGUUUGUGAAAGGUUUGGUGACGUGUUUAUUGGCUGGAUUCCAAUGUAUGGUGAAGCUAAGUUGGCCUUCUUUGUGUACUUGUGGUUCCCUAAAACCAAGGGAACAACAUAUGUUUAUGACUCCUUCGUUAGACCCUAUGUUGCUAAGCAUGAGACAGACAUUGAUCGUAGCUUGUUGGAACUGAGGGCAAGAGCUGGAGACUUGACACUCUUGUACUGGCAAAAGGCUUCCAGCUAUGCCCAGAAUCGGAUAUUUUACGUUUUGCAGUACAUUGCUUCACAAUCAACCCCCACCCCCAAACAGCCUGAUCAGCCACAACAAGAUGAAGCAGUGACAGCCCCCGGAUCCUCUGAACAACCUGUUGAGAACAUUCAACGCUCUUCUCCUUCUUCUAGUGCAUCGUCAUCUUCAACCGAACAAGACAAAGAUACAGCAGAUGAAACCUCGUCUGCAGACAGCUCGAAAAAAGAAGAACCUGUUUCGAAUGAACUGAAAACGGCACCAGCACAAGCUGUCCUGAUGAGAAGCAAGAGUUUGAGUUCUAACAACGAGGAACAACAAGUGUUUACUCAGAUUGAUGACUCAAUCGAUAAUGCUCAGCCACCAGUGGAAGAAGGCAGCCGGUUGACGAGAGCUAGGUCAAGGAGGGCACGUGGGGCGGCUAAUUUUGUCAAGACUGGGUUAAAAUAGACCUUGUGGAAUGCUGGGAGGCUAAUUGUACAUUCAUAUUUUUUUUUUUUUCUUCUUUUUCUUAAUAGUGUCUGGAAAAUAUCGUUGGAUUCGUAGUUUUGAUCGAUGUUCAUUUGAUUAACGUAGAAAAACCGAAAAAAAUUAGGCAAAUUUAUAGUUAAGGUUACAAUAACUACUGAUGUUCAUUUGACUAACGUGGAAAAACCGAAAAAAAUUAGGCAAAUUUAUAGUUAAGGUUACAAUAACUACUCCGGUAUCUUUUACCA